AUGGGGACCGACACAGACGGCAACGUCGUGGACGCGCUCCUGCUCGGCUCAAAGCGGAUCGGGCACGGAUUCUCACUUUCGAGGCACCCAUACAUCAUGGAAAGGAUGAAGAAGCAGAACAUAUGCCUCGAGGUUUGCCCCAUUUCCAACGAAAUCUUAGGCCUUACACCGAGAAUCGGCGGCCAUGCCAUGUACAACCUCCUGGCAAAUAAUGUGCAUUGCACAGUCAACAGCGACAACGGAACGCUUUUCAGGUCGUCACUAUCCCACGACUUUUACCAAGUUUUCGUCGGCAGGGACGACUUCACCCUCCAUGGAUGGCGCCAGCUGAUUGAGUGGAGCUUGGAGCAUGCCCGUCUAGACAAGAAAGAGUACAACAAGGUCUAUGACGAGUGGGAAAAGCUCUGGGACGAGUUCUUGGACUGGAUUUUGGAAACCUAUGAAACCCAGCUCAACACGGCCAACUCACUAGGAUAG